CCCUUCCGGCACCGGGAACGGUACGGAACUCGAGACAUCCCAGUGUUGGGAGCAUGCAAUACACCCAACCAACACGGGACCCUAAACAGCGUUCUUCAAGCCUCUCGAUGGCGCCCUCGCAGCCGCUGACGCGAGAAAAUCGCGCCGACGUCAAAAUGACGUCUCAAAUCCCGGAUAAAAAGUUUGCCAAAACUAGGUCUUUAAACAGCAUUAACCCUGUUGGUAUUGAUGAGGAUGUUAGGAGACAAUCAAGGUCACAAAUUGUGAAUGCAUCCCGGCGUCGCAAGUGGCUUCAGAAGAUCAAAACGUUGCAGAAAUUUGACAGCGUGCUAACACGACGUAAAGGCCGCAGGCGGUUUGAUCCUCUGGUGAGGUUUCGGCGGGCGGGUAGGACAGUCCUCCUCAUCUUAAAGGCUACAGCAAGUAGCAGACACGCAUCACAACACAAGGAGACCCAGGUGUCAUGGACGCAGCUCGCGGACGAACAUAGUACAGCUAAGCGCACCUACGACCUCUUUGGUAUAUCAUUUGACCCCACUGUGUUCAAGGCCAAACGGGAGAAGUUCUUGAGCACUGAGGCCAAGGCAAUAUUGUCCCUUUAUCCGUCCGACCGUACGAACGAGCAGGUGAAGUUGGUGGUCCUCUCGCUUAACCAGACAGUGGACGCUUUUGGGGAGUUCCCCAUCCGUCUCCAGCGCUCGCUGGCUCGGGUCGGCUGGUAUGAGAAUUUCGAAACAAAACGGGUCAUAAUACGACAGGGGCACGUGGCUGACAACUUUUACUUUAUUCUCUCAGGAACAGCUCUGGUAACAUUGCUAGAGACGGACAAAGACACGGGGGACCAGUGCGUGAGAACAGUCGCCAUCCUCAAGUCGGGCAACAGUUUCGGGGAGCUGGCUUUAAUGCACGGUGCGCGGCGAAGUGCGACGGUCACAUGCAAGACGAACGUGGAGCUGCUGGCCGUGAGCCGAGAGGAUUUCAUCGACAUUUUCAUGCACAUAGAGAAGGAUCGGGAACCAGAACAUAUCCGCUUCCUUCGCUCCAUAGACCUGCUCAGGGGCUGGCCCCUCGAUCAGCUACCGCACGAUAAUCCAAGGAUUUGUUUGUUCACGUUUUUUAGAAGAGGGGUUCUGCUUUGCAAGGACAGUAACACGAGUGAAUGGAUAUACGUGAUAAAGAGCGGCACGUGCCGCGUGCUAAAGGACCUGUACGACACUAAACCAAAUAUUCCGGGGCUGGAGCGCAUUCCAUACUCCAUCGAUCAGACAUACAUUAAGUUACCUCCCAUACCACAUGUGAAGUCACAUGACAGCUCCGAGUACCGUCGACAACCUCAUCGAUAUCAUCGAUCCACCAACGACGCGCACGCACAUACACAUUCACACAGAAGCAGUCGACUGCCCUCCAUUGAUACAGUCUCAUCGCAGCAAUUAUCAUUGACAGCAUUAGAGCACCAACACCAACUAGAUGAACUUUUUGAAAAAAGACACAAUACACCCCGAAAAUAUAUUCAUAGAGUUAGCCAUGACUCCAGCACUCCCCGCGAUGACCAUCACGAAAGCCACGCCGGACCCAGCAAGGUCUUUGUACAGAUACAGAAACUCCUGCCUAAAGACGUGUUCGGUCUGGAACAAGCAGUGUUUGGGCUGAUCGGGCAGACGACAUCGUGUAGCCUGGUGUCAGACGGGGCCGAGUGUGUCCUUAUCAACAAGAAGUUCUUCACACAGCAUCUCACAGAUUCCCUCCUCAAACACCUCAGGAGAACAAUCCAGCCCAUCCCGACGGAGAAGAGCCUGCAACAGAAGCUCCAGGACCAGGCGAACUGGGACGCCUACAAGACCAUGACCGUGUCCAACUUCAUUGUGCUUAGCAGACAGUUGCAUGAACACCAGACUGAGUCGCUCUUCUUGUGAUCAUAAAUAUAACAUAGUGCUAGUCGUUGAAUGAACAUAUUGCGUGCCAGUAUUUUGUGUUUAGGCCGUUUUUCCAAUCGUUACAACUCGGCCAUCUCCGGCAUGCUCCGAGAUAUAUAAAUAUGUUGGAUAAUGGCUGAGAUGUUCCGAUUUCCGUUUUUUGAGCUGAAAUGUGUAUAGUCGUUCACAUUUGUAAAACUUGAAACCAGGCAAGUGGACAUUGAUACGCAUUACAAGACCAAGAAGCAAUGCAGAAAGUCCAACAAAAUUAUUUGCUAUGUAUCUAGAUCUUAAUCAAAACAAACAAGGUGCUGUUCCGGCUGUGACCUAAAAUAAAUGUGUUUCAGUGAAAGAACACCAGACAGUUGAACUACAGACCAAUAUGUUCAAAACAGUGGGAACAAACAAGAUGUCUCUUGUCUUGUUCUCUUUUGCAUAUCUGUGAUA